AUGUUUAGUCAAUGGUAUCCGCCGCAAUUUCAGCGACAAGUUAACUUGGACAGCAUCACGCAGAGCCACGAGCCAAACAACAAGCCCCGUAGUCAAGGUGAUGAAGCAGGCCCAAGUGGUUUUGUGCGCCUCAUCGACGACAACGGCGGUAAGUUGAGCGGUCGCUGCGGCGCUGUUCGGAGAGCUGCUGUUGUUGUUGGUUACAGGAGCGGUACACGGAGCGAACGUGGUGGGGCAGCAGGAGGAGCUAGAGAGGGUGGUGGUGGGGGUUGUGAUGAAAAAAGACGAAGUUUCUCGUGUGCCGACAUAGACAAGUGGAACCGCGCAGGUCACCCUCAGAGUUUCGCGGACUAUCAGUCUGAGACCAUCAACGUAUGCGACAGUAUCAGCAAUAGUUACACUAACGACAACAACAAUAUCACCACACGAAAUAAAGAGCCAACUACGAAGUCGCUAAGUCGAUUUAGCAGAAGUAACUCGGAGACGACAAGAACAACAAAUACGAUACUUACCUUGAAAUCUACUACGGCUCUAAUACCACAACGUUCUAUUGCAAUAAUCAGGCAGUCAGGACAAGUAAGGUAUGCAACAGUAGAACCAGCUGCGGCGGCAGCAACAACAGGAAACGGCCUAUCCACGACGUCACCUUCAUCAUCACCGUCAGUGGCGAAUAAUUUGAAAUUUCAACAAGCUAACCCCUAUAACAAAUCGCAACGCGAGCUGAAAACCAUUACUCCAGUAACUUCAAUGCAGGUGAAUCCAAUGUCAAGCGAGGAAGGUGUAGCAGAAGGCGCUGGGCUGACCCAGCGGCCAACGACCUUGCAAUGGGGAGGUCCAAACGGGGUAUGCACCAAUAUGGGAUCUCCUGGGCCUCUUGGAAGCCUUACGCCGUCUCCUGCAACUCGGAGCAAGAUCGAACAAUUAAAGCAAUGGAGUCUAUCCACGUACAAAUGCACCCGACAAAUCCUCGCCGAAAAGAUGGGCAAGGGAACACGAACUGUUGACGGCGAACUAGAAGCGAAUAUCGAGCUGCUCCGAGAGACGCACCAGAAGUACCUAAACAUUCUUCGAUUAGCGAAGCUUCUGACAACCCACUUUUACAACACGGUGGCAACACAAGCGGCUCUAGGAGAGUGUUUUUCGGAUCUUGCGCAAAAGAGUCCGGAAUUGCAGCAGGAAUUCCUGUACAAUGCAGAAACGCAAAAGAAUCUUUCGAAAAAUGGAGACACGCUACUAGGAGCGCUGAACUUUUUUGUCUCGUCAUUGUCAACAUUAUGUAAUAAAACAAUUGAAGAUACACUUAUCACGAUUCGUCACUAUGAGAACGCACGGCUCGAGUUCGAUGCGUAUCGAUGUGAUCUUGAGGAGCUUUCGACUAGCGCUGGAACCGCUGCGCAAGCUACAAAGGUGGCUGAGGCCAGGGCGAACUUCGAGUCGCAGAAAGAGAAAUAUGAGAGACUUAGAGGAGACGUACAGAUUAAGAUGAAGUUCCUUCAUGAAAACAAGGUAAAGGUGAUGCACAAACAACUAUUAUUACUUCACAACGCAGUAUCAGCAUAUUUCAGCGGUAACCAGUCUUCGCUCGAAGCGACUCUGAAGCAGUUUAAUAUUAAAGUUAAAGCACCCAAUUCGUCGUCGCCCAGCUGGCUCGAGCAAUAGAACAUGACAGCAGCGUUAUCGAUAAACCGAACUGCUUCCGCUGAAGAGGUUGCAGGUUUUUUCGAUUUCGCCAUCUGCGCAAUUGAUAUGCAGAUUAUGACAUUGUACAUUGGGAUGGGUGGUACAGACGAUAGAUUCGCUAGAACGCCCCUUGUGCGCAGCGUAAAGCUCUUUAACUCACCCAUAUUAAACGGAGUGGAUCGAUCGGACAGGUUAAUCGUAUCCCACGAGCCAGAUGACCACAAAAAGGAUAUUAGCGAAGGACAAUUUGGAGCAGAGCACAUGAACGACGACACUACGAGAGGCCUGUAGGGUAAAACGAAAUCUGUUUAAAAUUCGAAAUAAUUCUACCCGGUGAAAACUUCCUUCUAAAACCAUUUGUAUUCGAUAGGUAAGAGCAGCUCGACUCAGAGUUUAACUAACAAAUAUAGUAAGUAAUAAGAGUUCAUAGGAAACGGACGGAUGUCAAAGUUGUGGAUGUCGAAGAAGUUGCCCAUUCGCCCGGGUGCAGAUAACAACAGUUGAUUUCUUAAUAAAAGAAUAAAAUUUUACUUGCUAUAAAUGAAGAGGUACAAAGUAAGUUACUUUUUAAACAACUGGUAAGGCCCCAUUAAGUCAGAUGUCUUCGUCCCUUACCUGUGGCUAUCAUGAAAGUCAUCAGUGCUGUUGUCAUUUCGUAUUCAAACUUCCGCUGCUUGGCAUCAACAUGGAAUUUGACCCGUAGUAGAAAUACCACGAUUAUUUCCAGUGGCUGGUGAUUUCUGCUUCAACUUAAUUGGGUUAGGAAGGUAAAUAUUUUUAGAACAAGUAAAGGAAUCUUCUCAGUCCCCUUCUUUCAUCGCUCGAUACGCGUAAAAAUCAAAUUGAGAGUCAAAUUGCAGAUUGCACCGUAAUUUGUUUAGACGUAGUCCUGCUUAAAUAAAGUUACUAUUUUACUGGAGCUAAAAGCAACUGAAAGUUUUCGAUUAGAUCUGGCACUCGUUCUUUCUCAGAAUCAGCUGUGUUUUUAGAAAGAAGUCUUCAAUUUGUUACGGUACGACAAUAGCAGUAUAGAAAUCAGUGAAGUAGCUGCUAACAUCCCCUCAGGCAGCUUUGUAGUUGACUCACCGUCCACCUUGAUUGAACGUGUACUGAGUGUAGUUCCCUCCAAAACUGGCUAUAACUUCAAGAACUGGCCUCGUAUGGCAGACAUGUUACGUUUUUUUUUUUUUACUAGUUGACGAUGUGAUCAGAUAACGAAAGUUUUCCAUGGUUUAUUCUUAAGACUGUGAUUUUAGCAGUGUUCUCAUUCUUUUGCUGAUUUUUUUCAUGCUUUUUCCGUUUCAUAUUUACAACAGCAUGAAGCUACCAGAGACCAAGCAACAACACGUUGUUGAAAUGUUUCAACGCAUCUGGAAAGUAAUCUACCUUCUGACGCUAUUACCGGCCUCUCUAAAUAGUAAAAGCCAUGUACCUGGUCAGGUUCUCAAAAGGUUACAUAAUCGUACAAUUGAAAGAGCACUUUUUUCGUUCAUUUGAAGUACUCAAAGAGAUCAGUUGGUGCUACAAGUUCGCAAAAUCGCUAUCGAAAUACGCAGUCGUCCGUAAGAGCCAAGCGCUGACAGGACGAGGCAGUUAAUUUUUUCGUUUUUGAGUUACGUUUUUUUCUCUUUGUUCCAUUCUAAAUAUUUUGUAACACAGUUAUAAUUGUCUAAUGGCCGUAAAACGCGGCCGGUAAGGGGCCUAUAGUUUUUCGCUACGUUAGCAGAUAUGGAUAGAGUAGUUCCAGGGUAAAUUGUUUUUUGUUGAAACUAGUCAAAGCCCGUCAAAGAGCACAUAUGAAAAUUGGUGACUUGAUGAUCAGCAUAAGUUUUACGUAAGAGGAAUGCUAACUGGUCCUGGGAUAAUCCAGCGUUUUGCCUAAAACUAGAGACUCUAUGGGCAAAAUGUUAAAUUUCGAUAUAACAGAGCAGUUCAUAUGCCGAAAAUUGAAAAUGCCUUACAAAUAUAUUUGUAAGGCAUUUUCAAUAUAUAUUUAUACAUAUAUAUAUAUAUAUCAGGCAUACUGUUGGCUUGUGGGUGGUUGAGGCUUCAUUAGCUAUUAAUUUUUAGCAGAGUACAAAAAUAGAGAAAUUGGGAGUUGCCAGCUCCAAAAAGCAAACAGAGUGACUUCGAUAAGUGUAACUUAGUAAAAUUCGUUUAUGAGUUUGUUUUAGAAGCGGCGCACCCCCGUAAUAUGCAGUUUAUGCCUACCGCCAGUGACACAAUAUAAAUAAAAAUUUAAAUUUUAUACAUAACAGCAACUCGCGUGUGUUUAUCUGUAAUUCGUAGAUCUUUCGUUUUAUGUGACUGUCAGUGCAACCCAUCGUAUAAAACUGAGUGAUCAAAAUAAACCAUGGACGACAUGAACGGUGAAAAAUCUAAGAAAGAAUAGAGAAUGGGCGUAUACUUCGGGUGCGAUGGGACUGAACUCCCACACGGCGAGGGACUCCCAUAAGCGAUAAUAUCGUCGCGAAAUUGACACGCACCUCGUUUCAAUGCAUUUUAUAGUGUUAUAACUACAACAUAGCGAAUCAAUCAGAAAUGCCGUGUGCACCAAUCAAUAAAUGAUCGAGCAUACUUCUGGAGAAGGCGGAGUACAUCACAACGAUUGAAUAACGACUUAGUUUAUUCUCUUAGAUGCAUUUGCCACAGAUAAACGGAGGUUCAAGAUCUAAAAAAAAUUAGUUAGAAAUUGUAGCGGCAAGAUUUGGCCAUAAAUACAGGACUUUCUAGUAGAAUAUUCUUUUGCAUAGCAAUGUCUUUAUAAAAUUACGCAAGAAUAAAAACUUCAUUACUAAUCCCGAAGUCCUGCAAUUAAAAAAACCAUUGUCAGAUAUAAUGGCAGCAUGCGAAUAAAAAUUACCCGCCAAUUACUUUGAUAUUGCUACGAAUUGCUUGCUCACAGGCGGUUACAAUCCGACUGUCGAUAGGGUCAGACUUUAGAGGCUAUCCAUUGUUGAGCCAAUGGUGACAACACAGCAGUUCGAUUUCGGGUAUAUAUAUAUGUAGAGCCUGCGCGCAGGCUAGAUGAAUAGAGAAAAAAUGGAAAAUCUAAUCUUAAUGGAUCUUAAUCGGUAGAAUACAAGAUGGACUUUAAUUCAAAAGCAAAGUGAAUCGCAUAGCACAAUAUAUAUACAUAUAUAUAUACAUAUAUAUAUAUAUAUAUAUAUAAUAUAUAUAUAUAUAUAAUAUUGUAUAAAAACGUACAUGAAAAAAUUUAUAUAAAUGAAGCGGUGAAUGGUUAAUGAUUUUCGAAGCUUCUCCUCGCACGUGCUGAAAUAAAAUUGAUUUAUUGACUUGUCAAAUGCUUUUUUUUUUCUCUGUGACGAUACACUUUGUUUUUUGUAGCUUUCUUUCUCGUCACACAUUGACAUGAGCUCGAAAGCCAAGCCGAUUCAGCCGCUCUUUUUUUUCUGAAGCCGAAAUACAAUUGAGUUCCGAAAAAAAAAUUCAAAAAAAAUUUUUAAAUACAGAAAGCCUUGCUUACGGUAAGUUCUUUCUUUUCUCGUUAUAAAAAUCGAUACUUGGGCAAAGUGUGACUUACUUCCGCCACCUAUUGUAACCCUGGUUUAUAAAUAUAGAUCUAAAAUUCAUGCUGGGUAUUGCAAGCCGUGUAAUAGAUUGCCAUAUUUAUAGCUUGUGAAAAAAGUUUUGUGAUUUAUGUCCCUCAAUGUUCAAGAAACCGUGAUCUACUUGAAUUAAUUUAAUACGGUUUUGCUGUACAUUAUUCAUCUGAAUACGAUUAUCAAAGAUGUAUCAUAAUUGGGCACUGUACGUAGACUCGUGUACACCUUUCUCUACGCAUAUUUGGAUCUGAAAAGUGCUUUCGAUGGAAAAAAUUUUAAUCUGUUCCUAGAAAAUAUAAAGCAUAUAGGUCUUCAUGCCUUUUUCCAGCGGAAAAGUUUCACCUACACAAAGCCGAUAAUAACACGGACCAGUCCCUGGCGGGUUUUAACAUAUGCUUUUUUGCUACUAUAUGCUAUAUUUGUAUUAUGCCGAUGAUCUAAAAAUAUAUGUAAAAUUGUGAAUCAUCGUUAAUAUGUAUUAUGCUGUGCUCUGGUGCCAUGCUGCAGAGUAAAAUACUUUUACUAAGACGAAGUUCUGUUGUCUUAAGGAUAGUAACUCACAGAACUACAGUCUACGGUACCGCCAUUCCUUGACCGCCAUAUAUAUAUAUAUAUAUAUAUAUAUAAUCAGUGUAUUCAUUACGGUAAACUUUGAUUUCAACGAAUAACAGUCAUACAUUCAAGUAUUCACACUUGAUAAACACAAAGUAUCUGGAAAUAUUCCAUACGGGAAUAUUAGUAAACGGUGUUCUAAAAUAUCGA